AUGGUGACGCCUCCACGACAAUCGCGUCUUCUGUCGCUGCCGCCAGCCAUACGCGCUCAGAUAUACGAAUACUGCGCUGCUACAUACAUCAUUGCGGACGUCGGAUCGACCCCUUGGCCAGCCGCCUACGCCAUCCCUGGCCAGAAAUACACCGACUACCCAGCCCUGCUGCGGACCUGCAAAUUCAUCGCUCGAGAAGCGCGGUCGAUACUCUAUCAGGACGUACGGAUAAGGUUCAUUUCAGGCUUCUACUGGAAAUGCAAGAGCAGGGCGUCGCUUGCUGCCGUCGGCACCUUCGCGCCUCUGGCGAUUCGCAACCUGUUCAUCGAGCUUGACGUCAACUAUCGCGCCAAACCCUUCGUCACGGACCUGGUAGCCAUCUUCAAGGCGUGCAAGAACAUCGAAUAUGUGGAUCUUCACAUCUCCCCUGAGUUUGAUCGGCAGAGGAGCUACCCAGCUCAAAGGCCAGGCCGCUCGUCAAUGGGUGCAAAAGGGUACGAGGCAUUUCUGCUGUUCUUGCAGACGAAGCCGAAGUUGGAGAUGUUUGUUCUCCGUGGGAGCUACUCGAAGCCUUUGGCGGAAUUCAUGCGGCACGGACUUGAGGUGGAAGGGAUUAUUGGUGACUCAGAGUGA